AUGUGCUACAUCACCAAGCACGUCUACACAGUCUGUGCCCACACAGCUGUGGGCGAGCUCGUCGAGUGCAGGGAACAGAAAUCCCGGAACGAGCAGUGGCGGGAAGGCGGCUGGUGCGCGGGCUGGAUGCUGGCGCUCAGCAGAUGCCGGCCUGCCGAGCGAGUGCAGCUGAAGUACUGGUUCUGCCCGGACUGCCGGAACUUCUACCGGGGCUACGACACCAGCACGGUCGACGCCGUCCUGAACUACUGGGCAUACAAGAACGCCCGGGGCUACGCCUUCAGCGUCUCCCCGCAGCUGGUGCCCGCCCCGCUAGUGUUCGGCAGGCCGGCGUCCGAGCUCGGGGACCCGAAGCUGGCCCGGGGCGAGCUCGUCGCCCUCGACAAGGCCCUCCCGAGGCGGUGCUUCGAGACGCCGGCGGAGUGGCUGUUCCGCCUCGAAGACGCGCGCGCCAGGACCCUUGCGCUGGCCGAGGAAUGGACGCGUGGCCGGGCGCUCAGCGCGCGCCGCCGGCAGGCUCGUGAGUCUGCCAGCGGCGGCGGCGGCGCCGUCCGCAUGCAGCCGCGGCUCAGCGCGCCCAUGUCGGUCUACCCUUAUGAGCACGCCCUCAGCGCGAUCACGGAGCAGACCGAGCCGCAGAGCGAGCCGCAGAGCGCCAGAGAGACCGGCGCUGCCGCCGCUGCUGCUGCCACCGCCGACGCCCCACCACCGGAAGCGCAGGAAAGCAGAAACCCGACGCCGCAGGUCCACCUCGAAACGCUCCGUAAGCUGUGCGGCGAGGCAGAGGUCCCGCUUCAAGCGGGCGAGGCAGAGGCCCCGUCUCAUGCGGGCGAGGCAGAGGGCCCGUCUCAUGAGAUGUCGUCUCCCGUUGGCCACGAGGGAGCAGCAGCCCAAGCUUCCUCCCCCGACUCGGAGCAAGCAGUCGACUCUCAGAGCCCGGAUCCUGCCGUUCCCGCUCCCUCUCACCCGUUUCCCACCCCCCGCCGUCUAACCACACCACAGCAGGAGCAGCAGCAGCAGGAGCAGCAGCCUGAGGAGCAGCGGCAGCAACAGCAGGGCGACCAGAACGAGAGUGAGCAGCAGCAGCAACCACGUAGCACCAGCACCCCACGCACAGAGGAUCUCCCCAAGCCAGCGACGCCGCCAGCUACCCCUGAGAAAGCGGAGGCCACUUCUGAGCCGGAGGGAGAAAAAGACAUGCGCACGUCUCACGGUAAGAAUAGCAGUGCUAUUCCUCCUCCUUCCCCUGUCUCCACGGCGGGGGAGGAGCCAAACUUGGUCAGCCGGUUUUCUGUGUCAGACAUCGGCCCCGAGGACGCGAUUGAGUUGGCCAACGUUGCUUAUGGGCUCCAGCCGCUGGCGGGUACUGCCUGAGGGCGAAAGGAGAGUGUCGCAGAAGCGGCGCCGCUAAUGCUGCCAGCAUUAUUGUACCAUAUACGGUCGUGACAGAGAGUUUAUGUGUGAAAAGCCCUCUCACGUUGACGUGGGAUGUUUCGUGGCAGGUCUAUUUUGAGGUAAGGUGGCUCACGAGAGGAAAAUGUGAAGAAAACCACAAAAAAAAAAAAAGGUUAAAAAAAGCUACAACAGGAUCAUUUUGAUUAAACAUGUAAAAUUGU